UUCGACUGAUACAGCAAUCACGACCUACAAGCGACACACGUAUUGCUAUUUCCUAACUGACGUAAUAAAAGUUUCAAGCAAGAAGGAUGCCGAAGAGGAACGAGAUAAAGAAAUGCUGCAAAAGUGCAGCAGCCAAGUCCUCGAGACAAGGCAGAAAAAGUUGUGCAAAAGCGACACCGGAGGAAGAUUGCAAAGUCAAUACCUCCGCCAACAAUGCAGCUUCUUCUUCUAGC